AUGUCGGCCUCCAGUGUUUACGUGUUGCUUCUCAGUUUAUUCUCGUGUGUUGCCCUGUAUUUAGCCGACGGUGAACAUGGUGACCAAGUAAAAUCGCUGAAAGCAGACACUUUUGAAGAAGCUGUCAGCUCUAAACGUUAUUUCAUUAUGUUUUAUGCACCCUGGUGUGGUCAUUGUAAGAGAUUAGGACCAACAUGGAAUGAACUAGCUGAAUUAUAUAAUAAUUUACAAGAUAGUCCAGUUGUUAUUGCAAAGGUUGAUUGUACAGAAGAAACCCCAUUAUGUGCUCAACAAGAUAUCACUGGUUAUCCUACAUUAAAAUAUUUCUACGAUAGUCCUACAGAUUUUGUACGAUACAAAGGCAACAGAGAUUUAUCUUCAUUUAAAUCUUUCUUAGAAGACCAACAUAGGGCAAAUGAAGAAGAAGAAGAUCCUCAGCCUCCGGAACCCAAAAAACAAUUACAAAUUUUGGAGAAAGACAUGGACGAAGUGAUCAAGUAUGGUCAUUACUUUGUUAAAUUCUACGCUCCAUGGUGUGGACAUUGUCAGAAGUUAGCUCCAGUGUGGGACGAUUUGGCUAGAACAUUUGAAUUCAACCCUGACGUUAAUAUUGCUAAGAUAGAUUGCCAGGAAUAUGGAACUGUUUGUGGCAUGCAUGAUAUUACUGGUUAUCCCACUUUGAUAUAUUAUAUAGAUGGACAAAAGGUAGAAACGUAUAAUGGUGGUAGAACCCAUAAAGAAUUAAAAGAGUUUGUAAGUCGUAUGAUAUCAGACAAGAAUGAUGAAGAUAAAGAGAGAACGGAUGAAAAAAUACCUGAAGAGAUCGAACCAGAGUCAGAGAUGAUAGAAUUAAGUGAUGCAACAUAUGAUGAAGUUAUAUCAGAAAAAACAGUUUUUGUUAAAUUUUAUGCCCCCUGGUGUGGGCAUUGUAAAAGAUUAGCACCAACAUGGAUAGAAUUAGCUCAGGUAUAUUCUGGUCGAGAUGAUGUUAUUAUAGCAGAUGUAGAUUGUACAAGACAUUCAGAUAUAUGUAAAAAUAAUCAGAUUAGAGGUUAUCCAACAUUAAUAUUAUUCCGUAAUGGAGUCAAAGUCCAAGAAUACAGUGGAUCUCGUACAUUAGAUAGUCUUCAAUCAUUCGUUGAUUCUCAUCUCCACGACAGGGAUGAACUAUAAAAUAAUAUUAGUCAUAAUUGUUAGUAAAAAAUUGUUUUAGCCACACCAAUUUGAUUUUUAAUUCUGUGGAAUCUUGGUGAACAGGCUUGAAAAUUUGGAACAAACAGCUUUUGUCAAAAAAAGGUCAAAACUUCACAUGAGAAUAGUAUAGUUUUAUUAAAAAAAACAAAUGGUAGCUAUCUUGGCAAAAUGUAUCGGUACACAAAUAGUGUAUUCCAAUAAAGUAAAAAUCAAAUUGGCUGUCAUUAUGUAUUUACCAGUGUUGACUGACCAGUGAUGAAACUGACUGGCUGAUAAAUGUUCCUAUCGGUCUGUUUAGGUUAUAUUAAAUUAUUUAAUCUUAAAGCACUCUAUAAAUACAGUUAAAUUUGUAAGUUUUCAGUAUAAAUUGAGGUAAUACUUAAAAUAGUUGUAUUGUCUUGAAGAAUUUCCUAGGAAAUCUGAGUCAAACAAAAGGCGAGAUACAUACAUGUAGACUGACAAAUAUUUGAAGUUAAAGAUGUAAGACCAUAUGAACAAUAUUUUGUGAACAAAAGCUUGAAAAGAGUAAAACUUUAAAAAGUAAUUCCACAAUUGAAAUUAAUAUAUUUGGCCCUCUCUUAUUCUGAAAAUUUGUAGCUUUGAAAAAAGUAAAAAACUGACGUCUUUGCCUUUGAAUAAAUAUUUGUAUUAAAAUUAUAUUAAAAUUAAUUAUAUUAAAAUUGUAUUAAAAUCAGUUAUAUUAAAAUUAUAUUUCUUCAAGCAUAAUUGUGCCAGAUACAUGUAUAGUGCAUCAACCACUUUGUUGUAUGCAUUACUCAGAUGUGAAAUAGUUUUUAUAUGGUUUAAGACUUGUUAGGGAAACAUAUCUUACUCAAUCACAUAAUAUACUCUUAAUGAAUUAUUCAAUUCUCUAAACACUUGAUUUAUUAGCAUUUGAAUUAUCUUCUAUUCUGUUCAUGUCUACACCCUUAAAUAUUUGUUUUAUAUAGUCAGCAUACAGACCACUAAACGUAUACUACUUUACAUGAUAAAUAUCUAUGCUAGGUAAAAGUAAGUGAAAUAUUAGAAAAGGCACUAUAUUACAGUAUUUAUGAAAGUAUUAAUGAUUGUGAAAUUGUUUCAAACUACUAUAUAUAUAUUUUUUUUGUGUCCAUAUGUGCUUAAUAUAGAAAUGUAAAAUCUUUUCAGUAAGAUAGUGCAUUCAAGUAUGUUUGACUCUAUUGGGAUACUCAGUUGAACAUCCUUGAAUAGAAUUCUCUCAAUGCUUCAAAAGGUGUCAAUCAAGUAAAUUUCAAGCAACUAUAUACAAUACUAUACACCAUUGCUACAUCUCAAUUCUGCUCACACUGCAUCUGUUUCAGGACUGACAGAACUAUGACAGGAGUCAAUUCUUCCUCACUUGAUUGCAGUACUGUCAGUUCAGAACACCUAUGUAUGUUAUGGGCUUUCAUUAUGUAAUUCCUAAUUGUGUUCAAGGGCAGCCAGUUGUUAUGGGCUUUCAUUAUAAAAUUCUUUGUGUGUUCAAGAAAACACUUGGUUAUGGGCUUUCAUUGUGAAAUUCUUAAGCCCAUUUUCCAUGUACGCUUUCAUUAUGUGCUUUCAUUAUGAAAUUCUUUAUGCUUUUAAGAACCACCAGUAUUCUUUUUUUAUAACUGGAAUUAAAGAGACUAUCCCGAUUUGAACAUAGUCUCAAAAAUAAAAAGUGUGAGUACCAAAUGUCAGCUCAAAAUAUUGAGUUGUUUGGACAUGAACGUCAAAACUGCUUAUCCGGAACCCUUUUAAGAUUUCGGUUCAAUCUUUUCGUUGGGUUACCUAAUAUCGAUUCCCAUUCCUUUAGAGAUCUGGAUAGUGAAUCACCCAUCUGAUGCACUUGAUAACGAAAGUUAUAUUACACCUACACAUUUUUAUAAAAUAAAAGUCUGGUGUUAUCCAGACACCGCAUAAUACAGCUUGGGACACCGGUCUCCAUUUCCAGAUGAAGACUGAUGGGUUUAAGUUGUUUGAAAACAUAUCACAUAUUUUGAGUUAGUUGCUCAGCCCUAAGGUAAGGGAUUUUAACACAAAAUUAAGCAAUUUUAUUCUCCAAAAUAUUAUCGGAAUUGGCCCUUUAAUGUUGAAAUUAAAAAGAAAAGUGAAAUAUUCAUAAUAGCUAUAGAAGUAAGGCUGUAUACAGUCUGGUAGUAUCUUUAAUAUUUGCACAAUAAGAUUAUUGCACAUUCUGUUAUUAAUUAUACAUUGUAUUUAGAGUUGUUUAAUAUUAAAAAAGGUAACUUUGUCAACAAAAUAAGUAUAUUUAGUUUUAGAUCAUAUAUCAGAAAUCUUAAUAUGAAUUGGUGUGAUCAAGCUCAAAUGCAAUCUAGAACUAUUAUCUUUAGUGAUCAGCAAGUAUUUGGUAUUCCUAUAGUGGGAAUACCCUUUUAAAGUGAUGCUACACUAUAAAAAAUAUCAGUAAAAUUACAGGAAAAAUAUAAAUCUGUGCCAGCCAAAAUGAUUGGCACCAGUGGAAUUGUGCCUGGUAAUUUUCAGUGACAAGCUGUUUACUUACAGGCUUGCUUAAAGUAAUACAUGUAUAUGAAAAUGAAAAAUAUGUUUUAAAAGACUAAAUAUUUUUCUUAGAGUGAGUGUAGAUGGUGAUUGGAAAAUAAGGGGAUCCCUUCCAGAUCCACCUUUAUCAAUAAUUGUGUUAGUUUCUGAAUGGAUUUGUAAAUGGUGAUUUUUUUUCAUUUUUUUUUUCAUAUUAUAAUUAUAAUAACUGUAUAUAAUCAUGUUUCGGAUUAUGAAAUUUAUUCAUUUGCUUACAUAUCAUCAACUAUAACUGUGUUUAAAGGAGUUAUUUCUAUAUUCUAAUAAAAGGCAGAGAAUGGUGACAGCUACUUGGAUCACCUUUCAAACAAAUUUUAGGUUCUACAACCCGUGUUACAAAAUAUAUUAGUCAAAUCAUCAAUACAACCAGAUCUGUCAAUAUGGCCUCCCCAAGCUAAAAAAUAGCGAUGUUUUUAGUAAAUCAUCCAUCUUGGAGCUUAACAUCGGAUUCUACUUAGGGUAAUCAACCUUAUUUAUUUUAGGUGAUAAAAUUUAAUGUUAGUUUUGUUUCUUCUCACUCCAAAUGACAAUUGCUAGUUCUGGAUCUGUCAAUGACACCACAAAUGUAAUAUUUAAUUUAGUGUUUGAACUGCAUCGCCAUUGACAUUAGGGGGGUUGGAUGGCUGAAUGGUUAGCAUGUGCACGCUGUAUCAUGAGGCCUGUCAUUGAGUUAACUGGCGUGGUUUCGAAUCCCUGGUUGUACGUGACAAGGAGUAGGGUCACCUGUCCAACCUCGUGGGUUUUCUCCGGUUUCCUCCCACUGCUAAAGACCCCUACGCGCAAGCGAAUUAUUGAAAUAAAAUAAAACCAUGUGUUAGUCCCGAAAUGACCUAGUUUGUGUCGAGUAGACGUUAAACCCCAUUUCUCUCUCUCUCGCUUUCCAUUGACAUCACAUGAGCAAUAUUUAGAUUAGUGUUUGAACUGAGGUUAGAGUGUUUUUAAUAUUUGUCAUGGUUGUCUAUUGUUAGAAUAUAGACGUGCCAUCUUCUUUAAUAUAGCAUUACAUUUAUUGUACAGGGUUAUGUACUUGUAUUGCACUAUUGUCUUUAUGUUCAUGUAUAUAAUUUAUAGCACCUUUUCUGUAAUGUAUAAUUUAUUUGUCCUGGGGUCCCUUAGCUGUUGUUUGUGUUUUACUCAACUCUAUUUUCAUUUGUCUAGAGCACAAUAGAAUCGGAAGAUAAUAAUGAUGAGGAUGCCAAAUGGUAGAUAUUUAAUGUCAUAUAUCAUUAUACUAAUCUAUAUUUUUAUUCAUCUUUUAUUCGGUGGGUUUGUUUUGCCCAAUUGCCAAACACUGCCAAAUGCCACAAAUGUAUCUUUUGAUUGAGAUAGAAGGUUGUGUUAAAAAUCAGAAAUCAUUGGGCAAAAUGAACCCACCAUCUUUCAUAGGAGGUGUUCAGUAUACUGUUCAUUAUUUAAGUCUAAGAUUACUUAGUGCACCCCUUUUAUUCUUCUUCAGUGGAUAAUGUUCUAUAUUGUACAAAUUCUUAAUGUCAUAAUAAAUAUCUUGUUUUGUGUUCA